CAAAAUGGCGGCCUCCUUGCGAAGCACGCACUAGCGCGUUUAAAGUGGCGAAGCUGUCGAGUAAGUAGUACCGAACUACGAUUCCUGCUUCGGCACGAACGUUGCGACAUGGCCCACAAAACGAUCACCUAUAUUAAGGCGCCGCUGUACAACGGCGUCGGCCGAUACGUGUGCCAGCUCCAGCGGCUCACGCUGACCUUCUGCAAGACGCACGGCAGCAGCCGCGGAAUGCGCGAGUACAUCGAGCGGGAGCUGGUAAACUUCGCUCGCGAAAACCCGGGCAUCGUGGUGUACCUGAAGCCACGCCGGCACCGCGACCCGUACAUCGUGGGCGAGUACCUGAACGGCCAGCGCGAUAUGAUGCGCGCCAACGACCUCACGGCGAGCGAGCUCGUCAAGUGGAUCGACCACUUUCGCACGCGCUCCGGCGAGCCCAUCGCGCUCAUCAACAAGUACUUGCGCACUGACUACCCGAGCAUCCAAGGUUUCUGGACACCAUUCACGAACCGGCCAACAGAGCAGAACCUCACCAAGUUUCCAAACGAGGAACUGGGCAAGUUCAAAUCUGUAUUUCCAAGCGCAACCGAGCAGCUCAAGGAAUUGGCUGCCCAAGACAGCCCAGAGACAUCACAAGCAAAGGAAUGAUAGCUGUGUUACGACUUUCAGUACUAGUAAGCAAAUAAAUCGUUUUUUUUUUU